AGACAUCUUCUCAGUUCGUGACCUUGGUCCAAGAAGGGAAGGAAAAAGUUUUUUCACGUGGGGUCUCCUUUUUGGCUUGACCCGUCCUUUUUCUGCUCAUUCCACUUUCAAUAACCAUGCUGCCGCCACGGAUUUUAUGUUCGAGGCAGCUGCUGUUAAACGUAUUCGUUAUACUUCUACUUCAUUUUACGGAGGCAAAUAUUCGACAUAGUAAACGACACGUUACACAUCACAAGUUUCCAAACAGCAGCAUAGCCGUGGGUUUACAUUCCAGUGCAGACGAUGAGGGACAUUGGAAAGAAUGGAGUGAUAUAAGCGAUUGUUCUAGGACGUGUGGUGGAGGAGUAGCUUUCCAGACUAGGACGUGUUCUGUGACAAAUCAUGAUGGAACUGAAGCUUGCAAAGGACCCACCAAGAGAUUUAUUUCAUGCAAUAUUCAGGAUUGCCCAGAGGGAUCUCGUGAUUUUCGUGAAGAACAGUGUGCGAAAUUUGAUUCCAUACCAUUUGGUGGAAAAUAUUUUACCUGGAUUCCUUACAAGAAAGGGUUCAAUGAAUGUGAACUUAAUUGUAUGCCAAAAGGAGGAGAUAAAUUUUACUAUCGACAUUCCCAAGCAGUUGUGGAUGGUACAAGAUGUAGAGAAGAUUCUAAUGACAUUUGUGUGCAAGGAGUUUGCAUGGCUGUUGGAUGCGACUUGAUGCUUGGCUCUGAGAUUGUUGAAGAUAAAUGUCAAGAAUGUGGUGGGGACGGUUCUAACUGUAAAACUGUUCAAGGGAUUUUUGACCAAUUAAACCUACAAGUAGGUUACAAUGACAUCAUAUUAAUACCGGUUGGAGCUACAUCAAUUGAAGUCAAGGAAUUACAGCCAACAAAUAACUAUUUAUCUAUUAGAAAUUCUUCUGGGUAUUACUAUUUGAAUGGAAAUUGGCAAAUUGAAUUUCCAAGAAAGAUGAAAUAUGCAGGUACUUAUUUCUACUAUGAAAGAAUACCUCAAGGGUAUGUUGGAUUAGAAUAUAUUCAUGCCACUGGACCUACUACGGAACCCAUAUAUAUUUCUCUUUUGUAUCAGCAAAAGAAUAUGGGUAUUAGCUAUGAAUAUUCAAUACCUUUAGGAGUGAGCAAUACUCAACCUGAUAAUUAUGUAUGGGUCUAUUCCAAUUUCGGAUCUUGUAGUAGUACGUGCGGUGGUGGCUUACAAACCAGAAGGGUUAAUUGUGCGACAUCAAACUCCUAUGAAGUUGUAGCUGAUUAUCUGUGUGAUUCUCAUACAAAGCCACCUAUUAAUCAAACAUGCAACCAUCAGCCAUGCCCUGCUCACUGGCAAGUUUCAGUAUGGGACGAAUGUUCCAAAUCAUGUGGAGGUGGUGUACAGUACAGGCAAGUUCAUUGUCAAAGAGUUGCCCAUGGUAUGCCAGUUGUGGUACCUGAUUCUGAGUGCUUAUCCAAAGAAGGAGAUAAACCUUUGUACGCUCGGGCAUGUAGUGACAACCCUUGUCCAGAAUGGAAAGUUGGAGCAUGGUCAGAAUGUGAUAAAUUGUGUGGUGAAGGCUUGCAAAAACGGCACAUAUCUUGUGUGAUGAAAAUCGGUGAGCAGGAGAAAAAUAUAAAUCCAGAAUUUUGCCAAGAGGAAAGACCAGCUGACCAAAAGCAAUGCAUCUUAAGACCUUGUGAGGAAACAGAAUGGAUUGUAUCUGAGUGGAGUGGGUGUGAUGGUGUUUGUGGUUUGAGUAUGGAAUCUAGAGAAGCAUUUUGUGCCAGUCAAGAUGGAAAGAUACAUAAUGAUGAGAUGUGCAUCGGCAAAAAUAAGCCUACUUUGAAAAAACAGUGCCCAAAUCAUGUGCACUGUGAACAUAUGUGGCAUGCCUCUGAAUGGAGUGAGUGUUCAGCAAAAUGUGGUAAAGGUAUGAAAUCCAGGACAGUGUUUUGUGGCUCUUGGAAAGGUGGAGAAAUUCAUAAAGUUGAAGAUCACUUUUGCCAUGAUUCAAAAAAAAUGCAAGCCCAUGAAGAUUGUUUUGGCAAAAAAUGUCAUGGUGCUUGGUUUACAGGACCUUGGACUAGGUGCUCUGUACCAUGCGGUGGAGGACAACAAACACGUAAAGUGAUGUGUUUGUCUGAAAAUAAAGCUGUGCCUCAUGAUGAAUGCAAUAUUCAACAACAGCCAUUUGAUUUUCAAGUUUGUAACAUGCAUCCUUGUGAUGAAGAUGAAGUGAUGAUAGUUGGUGGUUGUCACAAAUCUAAGCAUGGUUGCUGUGAAGAUGGUGUGACUAUUGCUGGGCCAAAUUAUGAAGGUUGUCCUUUUGUUUCUCCUAAGCAAAAAUGUAAUGAAACAGAAUUUGGAUGCUGCAUGGAUGGAAUUACUCAUGCAACUGGACCAUUCGGACAAGGAUGCCACAAAGCUGUAGGUUGCGCUGAAUCCAUUUUUGGUUGCUGUCCUGAUGGCAUAACAGAAGCUCAAACUGAUGACAAAAGUGAUUGCUAUGAAAACUGUGAAAAUUCUAUUUGGGGUUGUUGUCCAGAUGGUCGAACUCCUGCUCUAGGUGAAAACAAAGAAGGAUGCCCAAGUACAAAGGAGAAUUGCAAAUCCUCCUUAUUUGGCUGUUGUCCUGACGGAUACACAACAGCUACUGGAUCUGAUUAUGAAGGCUGUGAAUUAGAUGUUUCAUCUGGUGAAGAUUGUACUUAUUCUGAGUUUGGCUGCUGCCCUGAUGGAUUUACUCGUGCGUUAGGAAAAGAUAUGCUAGGAUGCCUUGAGAAGCAUAAAGAAUCUGAUUCAAGAUUAUGCAUUCAUUCCCUUCAUGGAUGUUGUCCUGAUGGUUUAACAGCAGCUGAAGGCCCUGAUAUGUUAGGUUGCUUUGAAGGUAGUGGAGAUUUUGGAUAUGAUUGCCAAAAUACCUUGUAUGGAUGCUGUCCUGAUAAUAUUACUCCUGCUAAGGGACGUAAUUUUGUAGGCUGUAAGAAAUUGUUAACUAAUGAUACAAGUUUGAGAAGUAAGGAAACUGAAGACACUUUUAAGUCCUCAUGCACCACAUCAACUUAUGGUUGCUGCUCAGAUGGCAUCACGUUUGCUUCUGGUCCGAAUGGACAUGGCUGCUGUCAUUCAACAACAUUUGGAUGCUGCCCCGAUAACAUUACUGUUUCUACUGGGCCUCAUCAUGCUGGUUGCAGUUGUAACACUUAUCCUUUUGGUUGCUGCCCUGAUGGUGUUACGAUUGCUAGAGGUCCAAGAGGGGAAGGUUGUUUGUGUCAACAUUCAACUUAUGGCUGUUGUCAAGAUGGAUUUACAUAUGCUAAAGGCCCAGCAAUGGAAGGUUGUGAGUGUAAAGAUAUGCUGUAUGGCUGUUGUGAAGACAAUUUAACACCGGCCAUGGGACCUAAUGGCAAAGGCUGUGAUUGUCAUAAACUUCGAUUUGGUUGUUGCCCUGAUGGUUUUACAGCUGCAAGAGGUCAUGGUUAUGCUGGUUGUCCAUGUAAAAUGACUCCUUAUGGAUGUUGCCCAGAUGGUAAAACUGUUUCUAAAGGGCCAAAUGUAGAGGAUUGUCCUUGUGAAGCUAUGACUCAUGGUUGCUGUCCUGAUCACAAAACAGCAGCUAAAGGACCAUAUAAUGAAGGAUGUCCAUGCUAUUCUCUUCUUCAUGGUUGUUGUCCUGAUAAUCAAACUGCUGCUAAUGGUCCUAAUUACCAUGGAUGCCACUGUAUGACUAUGCCUUAUGGUUGCUGCCCAGAUAAACAAAUGUCAGCAAGUGGUCCCAAUUUCCAAGGAUGUCCUUGUACUUCAAUGCCUUAUGGAUGUUGUCCUGAUGGAAAAACUGUAGCUAAAGGCUUAGGAUAUGAAGGUUGCCCAUGCAUUUCAUUCCCAUAUGGGUGUUGUCCAGAUGGUGUAACUCCAGCAAGAGAUCAGAAUUUUGGUGGAUGUAAAGGAAAUAAGAAAGUUCAUAAAAAUUUAGUAACAGUUGAUGUCUGUAGUUUACCUAAAGAGAGAGGAGGAUGCCAUAAUUUCAGUGUCAAGUGGUAUUUUGAUGUGUCAUAUGGUGGCUGCAGCCGUUUCUGGUAUGGCGGUUGUGAUGGAAAUGGCAAUCAGUUUAACUCACAAGAAGAAUGUGAAGAAGUAUGUGUUAGUCCUGAAGGGGAUGAGGCCUGUUUGCUACCAAAGGUUGUCGGACCGUGUAAAGGAUCUUAUCUAUCUUGGUUUUAUGACCAAGAUUUGGAUGCUUGUAAGAGUUUUAAUUACAGUGGCUGCCUUGGUAAUAAUAAUCGAUACAAGAGUAAAGAAAAUUGUGAGAGUACAUGUGUUAAGCAACCUGUACUUGAUGCAUGUGAUCAACCUAAGGAUAUAGGACCAUGCAAAAAGGUAGCCCAGAGAUGGUUUUUCCAUAAAGAAGAGAAUUUGUGCAAACCUUUCAUUUUUGGUGGUUGCCAGGGCAACAGCAACAAUUUUGAAAGUGAAAAAGAAUGUAUUCAUAGAUGUCUGAUCUCCAAACCAAAAGAAUUUACUACUAUUUACAAUGCUACAGUUGGUUCCCAAGUAACAAUGGUAUGUAAAGCGGCACCCACUACGCCAAAUGAUGAGGCAGUAUUGUUGCUGUGGUACAAAGGAGACAGUGCUUAUCCCAUACAUGGCGUGGAUCGAAGAGAAAAUAGUGAUGGAAAGGUUACAGUAGCAAGCCGGGGAACUGAUCCAAGAUACAGCGUUCAAGAUAAAAAUCACAUGACUGCCUUGACUAUUCACAAAAUCCGCAGAGAGGAUGAAGGACAAUAUAGAUGUCGUAUUGAUUUUAAAUUUGGUCCCACCAGCAAUAAGUUUAUGAAAUUAACCGUUACAGAACCAGGUGUGUGCAGUUUACCUCAAGCCAUUGGAAACUGUUACCAUUUCAGAGAGAGGUGGUAUUACAAUUCUUUUGAGAAAAAAUGUCAAAGAUUUUAUUACAGUGGUUGCGGCGGUAAUGAAAAUAACUUUGCAUCAUAUUUAGAAUGUGAAAAGCAGUGUCAUGUAUCCGUAGACGAUAAAUUUUCAGAAGAAUUUAACUUAGAUGUGUGUUCAUUUGAACCGGAUGGUGGUCCUUGCAAUGGAAAAAAGAUUCAAUGGUUUUAUGACAAAGAUGGUGUAUGCAAGCAGUACUACUACGGUGGGUGUAAAGGCAAUGGAAACAGGUUCAACACCAAAAAAGAUUGUGAACAGAAAUGUACUGCUUCUCAAGAUAUCUGCAAACUUCCUAAAAUUAGAGGUGCCUGUAGUGGAUCAUUUUCUCAGUGGUAUUAUGAUAAAGAUGUAAAAGCCUGUCAAGAAUUUUCCUAUAGUGGAUGUCAGGGAAAUGCAAAUCGUUUCAAUGACAAGGAAACUUGUGAAGUCCAAUGUAAAAACGCUCCUAUCCUUGACAACCUUCAGUCUAAAGAUCCUUGCACACAAAGUAAAGAUCCUGGUCCUUGCUUAGGAUAUUUCUUAGUGUGGUACUAUGAUUCAUUCGAUAUGUCUUGUCGAACAUUCAUUUAUGGUGGAUGUUUAGGAAAUAACAACAGAUUUAGUACAUUACAAGAAUGUGAAUCAAAAUGUCACACUAAUAGUGCUUCAGCCAUACGAAAAGCAAAACACACGAUCAGCAAUGAACCAGUCACAGCAGCUGCAUCAUUUAUAACGAAUGAAGAAAUUUGCCGACAGCAGCCUGAUGAAGGUCACUGCAGUUAUUCUCAAAGCCGAUUCUACUAUGAUCCCAUGAAGCAAAUGUGUCUUCCAUUUGUAUAUAAAGGAUGUGGUGGAAACAAAAAUAGGUUCAAAUCAGCAGAUUUGUGUAUGAGAUUCUGUUCUGGCAUCGAGGGACCUGGUGUGGUUAGAGAUGCUGCUGCAGAAACUGUUCCUGUAGAGAUAAACAGAAAUUGUCCAGCCUCCAACUGCGUUCAACUUCAGUGUCCACAUGGUAUUGAAGAAGUAGUAGACAUCAGGGGCUGUAUAUCAUGUUUGUGUACAAAUCCUUGUGAGGAACACAAUUGUCCUGAAGGUUCUCAAUGUGUUAUUGAAAAACAUAAAUCAGCAGAUGGAGAAUAUCAGUCACAUCCAUUAUGUCGUUUAAAAUCUAAGCGUGGUCAAUGUCCUGCUUCACCAUCUGAGCACCUUUUGAAUGGGACAUGUCAUGAUAGAUGUCAGUCGGACGCAGACUGUCCAGGAGGAUUGAAAUGCUGUCACGUCUCUUGUGCAAGAAUCUGCGUUUUACCUUUACUACCAGAUACAUUGGAAAGUUAUGAGGAAAACUCCAUUGAAGAUACAGAUACUGAAGCACCUCCUCAAAUUUUAUCAGCAAGAAAAGACGUGGCUGUGAAGAAGGGAACUCCUGCACUAUUAAGAUGCAUAGUGAAAGGUUAUCCGGCACCAAAAGUCACUUGGCAUCACAGAAAUGAACCUUUGAGCACAGAUGACGGGGAUUUCAAAAUAUCAGUGGAUGGCUCUCUGCAUAUAAUGGCUGUGAAAGAUUCUCACGGUGGAAUGUACUCAUGUACGGCCGAAAAUGGUAUCGGAAAAUCAGUCACUAAGUUCUUUAACCUCAUUGUCUAUGUGGAUACUCAAGUAAACAUUUCUCUGGUGACAACAAAUUAUCAAGCUAAUUCCUCCUUACAACUUGAUUGCAUCGUAAAAGGUACACAGCCGAUGAUAGUUUCAUGGCAUUUGGGAUCAAACAGCCCUGAACUGGAAUCAAACGAACACAGGCACAUCUUUGACAAUCAUACAUUAUAUAUCUCAUCUGCUCAAUACAAUGACAGUGGAACUUACAUUUGUGAGGCUCAAAAUCAACAUGGAAAAGCAUCUGCAUCAUAUGACAUACAAAUUCAUGAUGUUCCCAUACCCUCAACGUGCAAAGAUAGUCCAUUUUUCACAAGUUGCGCAAUGAUCGUAAAGCAAAACUACUGCAUAAAUCCUACUUAUGCCAAAUUCUGCUGCCUCUCUUGUACGAUAUCAGGGCAACUGUUGAAAGCAAAUGAUGAAACUGUGUCGUAGUCCCAAGAAUUAAACUAUAGUGACACUAUCAUAUUUUGUAAAUGUUUGUAGGAACAAUUCUGUACCUCAAAAUGAGGGGUAUCUCAAGUUUCGGUAGUUUUUACCACCGAUGUUUACAUUUUUGUAUACAUUUUGUCUCUUCUUAACAUUUGUGAUGCGGAGCAGUGAAGUUAAAAAUCAUUUUAUGUGAGUUGCAAUUCAUGUCUGCAUUUCUCUGUAAAUUAAAUCUUUAUGUUAUUUUCUUUCCA